UCUAAGUGUAUUUGUGUUUUAGUUUUUCCGCCCAGCAGGGGGCGCUGUGACCAAACAUUUUGUGCUCAAGCGCAGCACCGAACCAAGGAGGACUUUUACUUUGACAAAAGUACUUUGACCACCCUGUGGAAAAAGUCCUGUAUCGUUGAUGUCGCUGAAGUUAAAAGUGUGUAAUCAGGAAAACAUACUUUAAGUAUUCAAAGUACAGUAAAAUGUCCUCUGUGACUGUUAUACCUGAUCUCAUUAGAUUAUUCUGACUCAUUCGUGUCAAAGCAGGAUUUUACUGUUGUAGGUAGUGGAGACAUUUUGAAUUAUUGUGAGUAAAUGUACUCAGUUACGUUCCUUCAUUCAUUACUGUGACCGUGUUAGGUCACAUGACCUCGCUCAUGACCUUCCUGUUAGAGCUGCUCUCAACAUAAGCAGGGAUUACAGCUCAUGUCAGACAGCACUUAUAGAUUCACUGUGGAGGAAACUCUGCUGCUGCUUUAAUGUCCAUAUGUCUUCUUUUCAUGUCUGUCUUCUUUUUUAAAAUUCUAACUAGCAGGAAGUAACAAAAAAUAUAUUUGCUUAAGUAGUGUGCUGGUAAACUGCCUAUGGUUUUCUGACUGGUGGUUGGAUAAAACAAGACUUUGGUGCUAUUCAGUACUCAAGUCACAAUAGACUAAUAAAUUGAAAUGUAAUUGCUAUUUGUAGUCCCAAUUUAAACUAUCUAGCUGUAUAAAAUGCCAUUACCCUGUAGCAUAAACUGUACGUUUACAUUUUCAUGUUUAUUAGUAAAUCAGCUAAACUUGGUUGACUGCUUCACCUCCAUGUUUUCUUAAAUUAAUGAUUUUGUUAAGCCCAAAACAUAUCGAUUUCUGCAUGAGUGACCAUCAGAAACUGUUCUUAAAUUCCACGCUGCAUGAGUGCACACUUGGCACUCGGAGUGUAAAAAGUGUCAGGCUUCGUUCACCCCCACUCUGCUCUCCACAUACCAGCACACCUGUGGUUCUCCAUUUAAAGACGAGUGGCUGGGAGAACCUGAACUCCACUUUGAAGUGAUAUGCCUGCUGCAGAGGCAGCAUAAAUAUGCAUGAGAGGAGUUUUAUCAAGCAAAGAUGAAAGACUUGCGACAGGGAGACUCGGAGCGUCGUGUUCUCUGUCUGAAACAUGAAAAAGCUGUUUUUAUUCACAGGUGAUGGAGUUCAUUCAAAUGUUUCAGAAGUUUCUUUUUGAUUCUCAGAGAGAUUUUAGCUUAUUAAAGAGGCUGGGAACAACGACAGCCUGUAUGUAUCAUUGCCAGUAAUAUUGUCAGUGUACGAGCACAAACUAUACCACUGAAGUACAGUUUUAAGUUACCUAUUUCCACUUCCUGUGAAGUUAUACUUUUACUCCACUACAUUUUUAUGGUAAAUAUUUUACUUCACAUGAAUUUUACAGCUACUUCCUUUUUAUAUUGAACUAUAAAAUAUGAUAAUCUUAUGAAUUGUGUAGCCUUCUUUUGUCAUAGAUUAAUCCAUCCAAAAGAAGGCCUAGUUAAAAUGAGAAAAGUUUGCUUACUUCAUGCACUAAAAGCACAUGAACUGUCAUUUGAGGUGUAAAAAAGGCAAUUAAAAUGCAUGUAGAAAUAAAGUAAUAACUGAAAGCAGCUGAACUCUCAGCUGAAAUACAUGUGAUAAAAGCAGUUCAGAUGUCAGUUGAAUUGUGAACCUGGAGAACCAUGUAAUGUUUUUAAGGCCACUUAUUCACUUUCACCUCAAUAAAACUGAAGUGACGGCAAGUAAAUUUAUUUGUUGCACAUUAUUUUUCCAUUCCAUUAUUCCACUGCCAGUAAAUAAAACUGAAACUUCGAGGCAUCCCGACUGGCUGUCCUCCAGGUCAGUCUUUCCCCUUACACCUCAGUCUCCAGACGGGAUUUCCUGUCUCUGUCUGAGGGAGGGGCCCGUAUCUGAAGGAUCUCCCUUCAAGUCCCACGACUGGUACUGGUAUAUGUACUGGGACAUGAACUGGGAAUCGGAGUAGGACUGAGGAAAGUCAGGGACGGCAGUGGCUUUGUUUCCUGUCCUCAUUGUUUAGGAUGAGCAGGAAGGAUGAGCCAUCGCAAAACCUACUACGUUCUUCCGCUUUGUCAUUCUGUUACUGUAAUGAUGAACGGGAUUAAUCACUGAACCGCACAGUGAAACGGUGUGUCUGUUUUUGUUGUGCUUGAACAAAAAGGUUUACUAGGUUUAGUAACAGAAUACACAUCCAGUCUGCAAAUGGACAUUUUAAAGCGUGAAAGUAAUUAUUCCCAUCCAGAUGUUACCUCUGCUGUUUUGUAUGCAUAUUGUGGAGUAGCUCAACAAAUGUGAAAAGCAGAAAAUGUUAUUUGAAUUAAAUUAAAUAAUGAGUCAGUUGCAACUGAGCACACAUGUUGAGAGAGAGGUUGAGAACUAGCUAGCGAUGCAAAGAUGAAACAGCAGAGCAAGUGACAUAUUAAUGGUUGAAAGAGAAGAACAAAAUACUUACAGGAUCACAGAUUGACGGACAUCCACCAUAUCUACUACAAAAACACAGAGCUGAGUGUUGCUUCUGUCCCUGGAUGAGACAUGCCAACAAAGAAAAAACAGAAGAAGAAAAAACAAAGGCCCCAAAAACGUAGAAAAGAAGAGCCUGACAAUGUUUCUUUGGACAAAACCUCCCAGGCCUUCAGGUCGAACAGGCUGGCGUUUAAGACCUUCCUGGCUGAGAUGAUUCAGUGGUUGUUGGACCGUCAGCAGCAGGUGGACGAGCUGCUCAGCCACAGAGAUGCAGACAGAAGUGGAUCAGUCAACCUGAAGGAUUUCGAGCAGGGCCUGAUGAACUUGGACGUCCCUUGUCAGCAGUAUCAGCUCCACACGCUGACUCAGCUGCUGAAAAACGCCAACAACACGAUCAGUUAUCGAGACUUGAGCAGCCAAGUGCAGAGACUGAGUGACGGCACAGAGAUGAACACCCAGGUCGAGGACGUCUCCCGUUUGGAACAAUUCACUCCCCGUCGGCUGUUAAACCCUAAACAGGACAGGUUCAUCCAUCUGAGUGUCAGAAUGAUCCCGUUCGACUUGGCUACUGCCCAUCCAGGGAACUUUGAGGUGGUUUUGUUGAGCAGCAGCAGAGUUUUCAGUCUGAUCAGAAUCAUCCAGGACCGGGUCGGGAUCCAGACCUGCAGGCUGGAGGUUUUCCGGAGCCGAGUGCCCACAAAGGAAGCUUGCCUGCACCCAGAGAACUCCCUGGAGGAGUGUGGCUUCAAAGGUGGGCCAGAGGACACUCCUCCAGAGGACACUGUGUACUACGAUUACGGACCGCUGUUUACAGACUGUCCCAUUCUCAACUGUGACCACUACUUCAGGUCAACAUCGGACUCUGCUGCCAUGAGGAGAAACCACUGUCCAUAAAUUACAUAACUGAGUUUUUAGACAUGCUGGUCAGUCCACCAUUUUGGCCCCGACUGAAAUAUCUUUACAACUAUUGGAUGGAUUAGCAUAGUUCAGACAUUAAUGUUCCCCUCAGGACAAAUUAUAGAAACUUUGGUUUUACUUUAACUUUUCAUCUUGUGCCGUAUCGAGGUUAAAAUUGUAAUUUGUCCAACAUUUUGACUCAUAACUAAAUAGCUGAAAACCUAAUGACAUCAGUUGUACUUUGUGCUAACUGGCAAACAUCAGCAUGCUAGCAUACUAAAAUGGUGAACAUUGCACAGCAUGGUAGCAUUUUAGCUUGCUGAUGUUAACAUUAGAAUCUGAUGUACUUUAUGGUAAUUUAGUUCAGUUUAACUCAGAACAGAAGCUCACUGUCAGAUUAAUGCAGUGCA